AUGCAGUCGCGAGCUCAAUUAAUACGUGAUUUAAUUCUUUAUCGUCUUCCAACUUCUGUUCACUCGCAAUCUAGAAUGCUUGGUGCUUUUGCUGCUAGAUCUUCACAAGUUGAUUAUGGAGAACGAAAAAUAAUUGAAGAUCUUCGUCUUAAUUAUCAAUGUUCAUCCGUUAUUAAUUUCUACACAACAGGCAUAUUUUUUCAUCGAACACUGAAUCAUAUUCUCCGACAACAACAACUUCAUGAUAUCUUCUGUAUUCGUCAUGCAAUUAUCGAUCUGAUCAACUAUUUACGUCGGCCUUUACCGACAGAAGAGGACAGUGUCUCUUUAGUUUUUUAUCGUGGUCAACAAAUGACUAUUUUCGAACUAGAAAAAAUGAAAAACAAUGUGGGAGAAAUUUUUAAUGCUGCUCCGUUUCUCUCUACUUCUAUGAAUCAUCAAGUCGCUCCAAUAUUCGCGGGCGAUGGAUCUGACAAUGAUCCUUGUAUUGUUUCAGUCAUUUUAAAAAUUUAUCUUGACACUGGCCAACCAAUGCGACCGUAUGCUCGUAUUAAUAACAGUGGUGAAGACGAAGUACUAUUAUCACCUGGCACCAAAUUUGUUCUUAUGUCCUGUCGAAAACUUCAUGAUAGAGGUCGACUUUGGCUUUUAGAACUGAAAGCCAUUACAGAAAAACAACAAGAAAAACUGGAAUUAAAUUAUGGAGAAACUUUUUUGCUUCUUAGUGAAGCACGUGGAUGGCCGACAUCGGUCGUGAUUGUUCAUAUGUAA